AUGCAGCUCACCCAUAUCCUCGUUGCUCUCAUGGCCACCGUGCCUUUUGCAUCCGCGCUGACACGCGCGAAAGCUAAUGAGUAUAAAGACAGCCACUGCAAAACAUGGAACUAUGGACACAACAGCUUUUUCCUCGGAGAUACCACCAUGGCUGAUAACACGCACUCCGUAUACCUGACCCGGGGCGAUAACCUUCAAAAUGCCAGAAAGAAUGGACCCUGGCUGGCCUUUGCCUCAAAAGGUGUGAUCUGCGAGGGCGAGCAACUUGGCGAACUGCCGGACGGAUGUGUGAACCUUGACACACACUUCAAGAAGCGCAUUCGCUGCCUGCGCCCCCAGUUCCCGAAAUAA